CUUUCACUUUCACAUUCACCCUGUCACUGCAGUAGAGAGAGGCAUAUGAAAUGCUGAUUAAAAAUCAUUCACAAUUAAAGUCUGCAAGAUCUGAGGAACAUCAAGAAGCUGGGGAAAAACUUUAAUGCCCUGAAACAACACUGGAAAUAUGUAAUGAAAAAACAAACAAACAAAAAGACCUUCUGGCUUGACUCUGAGGAAGGAGAAGCUGGGAACUCCCCACAGACUGACUCUGAUGAGAAGCUCCUGCCAGUUCAAACAGGCACAGCCAUCUCCAGCGGCGGCUCAGGGCUCAGCGGCCAAGCGCUCCCCGCCCAAGCCGGAGCCGAAGCUGGGAUCCACCCGCAGCGCGGGGCCGGGAUCGGCCGGGGACAGGCUGCGGCGCAGGACGGAAGUUAUAAGGAAAAUGACGGUUUCCUCCUUCCCUCAUGGCCCUGUAAGAUGCUCCUCUCUGCCUGGCUACAUCAUGUUCUUCAUUAUUCUGUCCCUUCACAAAGUGGACUCAGCUCAAUUUAAAGUGAUUGGACCUGAGCAUCCUGUCACGGCCACUGCAGGUGAGGACAUUGUGUUACCCUGUCAUCUCAGCCCCAGGGUAAGCGCUGAGAACAUGGAGGUGAGAUGGUACCGGUCCCAGUUCUAUUCACUUGUGCACCUUUAUCGUGAUGGGGACAAUCAGAAUGAAAGGCAGAUGCCAGAAUAUCAUGGAAGGACAGAAUUUCUGAGAGAUGACAUUGCCAAUGGAAGCGUUGCCUUGAGAAUACGCCAUGUCAGACCCUCUGAUGAAGGACAGUACAGGUGCUUUUUUCGAUCAAGUGCUUUUCAUGAAGAAUCUCUGUUGGAACUGAAAGUAGCAGGUCUGGGCUCUGCUCCUCUCAUCUCUGUUGAGGGUUAUCAGGAUGGAGGGAUUCGAAUGGUGUGUCGAUCAGCUGGGUGGUACCCAGAGCCUGAGGUGCUGUGGAGAGAUCCCAGUGGACAGCCUUUAACAUCACUGUCAGAAACAAAACCCCGAGGGGCUAAUGGCCUGUUUGAGACACAGAGUUCUAUCAUUAUAACAGAGACUUCUAACCAGAGCCUGUCCUGUCAUAUCAGGAAUGCCCUCCUCAACCAAGAAAAGGAGUCGACAGUUUAUAUAGCAGAUCCUUUUUUCCCAAGGGUGUCUCCCUGGAUGGUGGCUCUGUACGUGCUCCUGGUUAUUUCCUUUGUUUUGAUAGGCGUUGCUGCUUUUCUCUUCAAGUUAAGAGGAAACCUUCAUGCAAAAAUUGGGAAGAUCCAGGCUGAAAAACGGAAACUUCUUGAAAAUAUCAGUGAACUCCAAGAAGAAAUUAGGAGAUUGCAGGCAGAAAUUGGGAAACACCUUGACAAUAUCAGUGAACUCCAUGAAGAAAUUAGGGCACAUCUUGAAAAUAUUAGUGAACUGAAUGAAAAAAUGAGUGGACUUCAAAGAGAACUUGAAUGGAGAAAAGCCCUAGUUUGUCCAACGAAUGUGACCCUGGAUCCAAACACAGCAAAUGCCCAACUCAUCGUGUCUGAGGAUCGGAAAAGCGUGAGGCGUGGAAUUGCGCGGCAGGAGGUGCCGGACAAUCCAGAGAGAUUCCAUUCUUUCUGUCUGCUGGGCUGUGAGAGGUUCACCUCGGGGAGACAUUACUGGGAGGUGGAGGUGGGAGACGGGGGAUUUUGGGCUGUGGGUGUCGCCAGAGAGUCUAUGAGGAGGAAGGGAGGGAUCAGAUUUAACCCUGAGCAGGGGAUCUGGGCUGUCGAGCGAUGUGGGGAUCAAUACCGGGCUCUCACCUCCCCUGAAACUCCCAUGCCCCUGAGUGAGAGACCUAAGAAGAUUGGGGUUUAUCUGGACUAUGAAGCGGAGUGGGUGGCAUUUUAUGAUACUGGUAAUGAGACCCUGAUCUUUACUUUCCUGUCAGCGCCUUUCACUGGGGAGACAAUCCUUCCCUUCUUCUGGGUGGGGAUUGGAGUCCUGCUCCAAAUCUGCCCUUGAGUCCUGGAGAUGGGGAGGUGGAACCCCACUGGGGUUCACUCUGGUUGUGGACCAGAAAUGUCCUGAACUAGUUGUUGUCCUGGGGACAGCUCAGAUGGUUUAAAUCACACUGCUAUGGUUCUAGAGAGGGCGAUGGGGGAGACGGAGGACAUGGGGGGUUGUAGGGCGCAUAGGCACCGACUCUGUGGGUGCUGCAGGACUUGAGCACCCACAGGGAAAAAUUAGUGGGUGCUCUGCACCCGCCGGCAGCCAAGCUCCCCUAAUCCCCCGCCCCACCUCCUCCUCCUCCUCCUCUGAGCGUGCCGCGUCCCCACUCCUCCACCUGCCUCCCAGCACUUCUCGCUACCAAACAGCUGUAGCAAGCUCCAGGAGGCGGGGAAGAGGCGGGGCAGG